UAGCAUGCAUAGUACGUCUCGAUUGAUGAACAUGUAUAUAAACAAACACCACCAAUCACAAGGCUGCAAUAUCCUCAGUCCUUACUAACUUGACAAUGGAUGGUUAUAGAUUCUCCACCCUUUUGCUGCUCCUUCUUUGCUUUACUUCAUUUCUUCAUAUAUGUCACUCAUCAUCCCCAAUGAAGAGUUACAUUGUCUACACUGGCAACAGCAUAAAGGAUGCAGCUUCUGCGUUGACACUUUACACAAGCAUGCUACAAGAAGUUGCUGACAGCAAUGCUGAGCCCAAGUCGGUAUUGCACUACUACAAACGUAGCUUUGGAGGCUUUGUUGCUAAGCUAACAGAGGAGGAAGCCAAAAGAAUGGCUGGAGUUGAUGGAGUGGUGUCUGUUUUUCCAAAUGGAAAGAAACAUCCUCAUACAACAAGGUCAUGGAAUUUUAUUGGCUUUCCAUUACAAACACAGAGAGCACCAGCUGAGAGUGAUGUCAUCAUUGGAGUAAUUGACACUGGAAUUUGGCCAGAAUCUGACAGCUUCAAAGACAAAGGAUUUGGUCCACCACCAAGUAAAUGGAAGGGCACAUGCCAAACUUCAAAUUUCACCUGCAAUAAUAAAAUCAUUGGAGCUAAGUAUUACAAACUUGAUAAAUCAUUUUUUGAUGAAGAUCUAAAAUCUCCAAGAGAUUCAGAGGGUCAUGGCACUCACACUGCAUCAACAGCAGCUGGGAAUUUGGUUAGCAAUGCUAGCAUGUUAGGCCUUGCAGAAGGAACAGCAAGAGGUGGCGCGCCAUCGGCACGCAUUGCCGUGUAUAAAGUGUGUUGGUUUGAUGGUUGUUCUGAUGCAGACAUACUUGCUGCAUUUGAUGAUGCAAUUGCGGAUGGGGUUGACAUAAUAUCACUUUCUAUUGGAGGGUUCAGUGAUGGAAACUACUUUACAGAUGCAUCAUCCGUUGGAGCAUUUCAUGCUGUGAGAAAUGGAAUAUUGACAGUAACUUCAGCAGGAAACAAUGGGCCAAAACCUUCUUCCCUUUCAAAUUAUUCACCUUGGUUAAUUGCUGUGGGUGCUACAACCAUAGACAGAAAGUUUGUUACCAAGGUUGAAUUAGGUAACAACAUUACUUAUGAGGGUACAUCAAUAAAUUCAUUUGACCUCAAGGGAAAAUUGUAUCCCAUAAUUUAUGGUGGAGAUGCUCCAAGCAAAGGCUUAGAUGGAUCUUUAUCUCGGUUUUGCUUCAGUAGUUCAUUGGACAAAAAGUUAGUUCAGGGCAAAAUUGUUCUUUGUGAGGGCAGAAGCAAGGCAACAGGGCCUCUCUAUGCUGAUGCUGUUGGGGCCUUGAUACAGGGUCAAAGUUAUAAAGAUCUUGCUCCCUCUCUUCCAUUGCCUGGAUCAUACCUUGACUUGAAGGAUGGUAUCGCUGUAUAUGACUACAUAAACUCUACAGGGGCUCCAACUGCAACCAUACUUAAGAGUGAUGAGAUAAAAGAUACUUUAGCCCCUGCUGUGGCCUCUUUCUCUUCAAGGGGUCCAAGCCUUGUUACACCUGAAGUUCUCAAGCCGGAUUUAGUGGCUCCAGGAGUUGCCAUUCUAGCUAGUUGGUCUCCACUUUCCUCCCCUUCUGAAAUUGAAGGAGACAACAGAACAUUACAGUUCAAUAUCAUCACAGGAACUUCAAUGGCUUGCCCACAUGUUUCUGGUGCAGCAGCAUAUGUUAAAUCUUUUCAUCCAACAUGGUCUCCUGCUGCUAUUCGUUCAGCUCUAAUGACCACAGCUAAACCACUUAGUCCCAAGACUAAUCAUGAUGCAGAAUUUGCAUAUGGCGCGGGCCAAAUUGAUCCUUUAAAGGCUGCUGACCCUGGUUUAGUAUAUGAUGCUGGUGAAAUAGACUAUGUAAGGUUUUUAUGUGGACAAGGCUAUAGUUCAAGGAGUCUACAACUCAUCACAGGGGAUAAAAGUAGCUGCUCUGAAGCAACAUAUGGUACAGCAAGGGAUCUAAACUAUGCAUCAUUUGCUCUUCAAGUCCCACCCUCCAACACCACUGUUAGUGGAAGUUUUAAGAGAACCGUUACAAAUGUUGGGUCAUCAACAUCCUCAUAUAAAGCUAUUGUGACGGCUCCUCAAGGACUAAAAGUUGAAGUGAACCCAAGUGUUCUAUCUUUCACUUCUCUUGGCCAAAAGCAAACAUUUGUGCUCACAAUUGAUGGAACAAUGGAAGAAUCCAAGGUAUCAGCCUCUUUGGUGUGGGAUGAUGGUAAAUUCAAAGUGAGGAGCCCCAUCAUUGUGUUUAAUACAGCAUAAUGAUUUAGGUUGAUGCAUUAAAUAAGUUAGGCAAAAGCAUGAAGCAUUUGCAGGUCUUUUCUUUAUAAUAUUUUUAGUAUUAAACAACCAAAAAUGGCUGCUCUCGAUUACUUGGUAAUAAAGAAAUAUCAUUGUUCUGAG